AUUAGAUACAAAUGUUGGAUAAUAGGAAUCCACUAUUCCUGGUCUAUUUCUGAAUUUAUCAACAGAAAUAGCAUGUGUUGCCUCGAUAAUUCUCAAUUCAAAUGUGUGCGAGGUAGUAGCAUAUAAAGCGUGCCCCUCGGAUUAGACCUUCUUACUAUUCAAACUCGUCAAGUUAUAACUUCGAGACCUUUGGAAAUAACACUGUAUAGUUCGUUCGGUGAUAUUUGUUGUGUGUCGUCAUGUCUGAAUCGAAACCUGACACCGUUCCCGGUCUUGGAUUUAAGGAUAAGGAAAAAGCGUUGGAAACGUUGAAGAAUCUGGAGGGCAGAGAUCCGGAUUACCAGAAGUUGGCGGUCAAAGGACUGGUCGGAAGGGCUAAGAGGACUCUGACGUUGACAAAGGACAAAGAAAAGCUACAAAACAUCAACGAUGCCAUGGCAGUUUUCGAAGAUUUCCUCAAAAAGUACGAACUGAAAAAUAUGAGCAAAGAAAACAGAUCAUACUUGCCAAUCGCCCAUAUAGACGCCCUGAUACCACUCAAGGAAAAGUUCAAGAUUGUAAGCAAAGAAAUCGACAAUUUUCUCGAAGCUUACAGAAACAAAGCAAAGGGUGACUACAAAAAUCUCAGAACGGUUGCGAGUGGAGAUGAUAAGCCCACAUGGGAUAUAGUAAGGAACACAGAACUGAAGAAACUGCUGAAAGUUAUGGAGGAAGAGAGCCCAGAUCUUUGGAAGGACGAUUUACCUACCAAAGAACACAUGGAGCUCAUACUAUGGGCGUAUAGUCCAGAUGCUACCAAAAUCAAAAAGAACGUUUCAGCUUACGAAAGUAAACUGGGUACGGGUAAAAAAGACGAAGAUGAAGAUAUGGAAGAAGAAGAUGAGAAGGAAGACAAGAAGAAAUCGAAGAAGGACAAAGGCAGCAAAAGAAAAUCAUCUACUAGCGAUAGUGGAUCGGAAGAUGAAGGCUCGCCUAAGAAGAAGAGUAAAGAAUGAAGUUUACCUUAUUUUUUCAUUUCCUAUAACUAAAGUACCUAUAAUAUUUCAGUGAGUGUUCCAUUCAUAACGAGACAUAUAAUAAAGACAUUGGUGUAAAUUUUCAAGUAACUACGUACAAUUUCUAUUUUGCCUUUAUUUUGGCCUGUUCUAUAUUUGGAUAUGUAAUCAUUCUCUGGCAAAAUGUAUUGGCCAACAUACAUACUUUUAAUAUAACUGCAUUUUAAUUGAUCAGUUUGUUUCCUAUUCUUUGUAUAUAUUUUUGUAUUUUCUAAUUGUUGAAAAGUAUUAUUUGUUAAACAAGAAGU